CCUACUUAUCAGUCACUUCUAUUUACCUUCGAAAAAGAUGUUUUUAUCGCAAUUUCUCUUAUAACGCCACUAAAGAUAAAGAUAAAAUCAGUCAGCCAAAACUUCAAGAUUUACAUUCGAAGGAAUACGCUGUGAGAUGAAAUAUAUUAUUUGAAAUAAAUCUUAUCGUUUGGCUUAAAUACUAGAGUUUAACAAAAUGGGUCCACCAAAAGGUUUCCAAUUUGCCAUUGACCGUGGAGGCACCUUCACAGAUGUAUUCGCCCGUUGCCCCAAUGGCAAGAUUAGAGUUAUGAAGUUAUUGUCAGUAGACCCUCAGAACUAUGAUGAUGCCCCAAGAGAAGCUAUAAGGAGGAUUCUUCAAGAGGAAACCGGUAACGCCUUGGACAAAAAUGGCAAAGUGAACACAUCAUUAAUAGAGUCAAUAAGGAUGGGCACCACAGUGGCUACGAACGCCUUGCUGGAGAGGAAAGGUGCUAGAGUGGCCCUGGUCAUCAAUAAGGGCUUCAAGGAUCUACUGUUCAUUGGGAACCAGGCCAGGCCGCAUAUAUUUCAACUUGAUAUAAAGCGUCCAAGCGUGCUUUACACGGAUGUGGUAGAAGUGGACUGUCGCGUGAUACCGGCUUUAGAAGACAGGUGUCAGAUGAAGAAGUCUUGGCCUUCUGUGACCGGAACCACUGGGGAGAAGAUGCUGAUCAUGAAGGAGCUUGAUGAGGAAGCUGUGAGGAAGGAACUCCUGUCGUUGAGAGAAAAAGGCAUUGAAAGCAUAGCGGUGGUACUUGCCCACAGCUAUACCUACGCUGACCACGAACUGAGGAUCGGCAAGAUAGCUGUGGAUUUAGGCUUCCAACAAGUCUCCCUUUCACAUACCGUGACGUCAAUGGUUCGCAUGGUACCCCGGGGCUUCACCGCGUGCGCAGACGCAUAUCUCACUCCACAUAUACAAGAGUAUGUUCGUGGAUUUGCUUCGGGCUUUUCUGAUGGUUUGAAGAAUGCGAAUGUGCUGUUCAUGCAAAGCGACGGUGGCCUUACACCUAUGAAUUUAUUCAACGGCUCUCGCGCCAUACUAUCCGGCCCGGCCGGCGGGGUAGUGGGCUAUGCUAUGACGUCGUACCAAAAGGAAACAGGGCUUCCCGUGAUCGGCUUUGACAUGGGCGGCACAUCAACGGAUGUGUCUCGAUAUGCUGGGGCUUUAGAACAUGUUCAUGAAGCUACCACCGCUGGGGUCACAAUUCAGGCUCCACAAUUGGACAUCAACACGGUAGCGGCGGGCGGUGGAUCGAUGCUCUUCUUCAGAUCUGGCCUCCUGGUAGUCGGCCCGGAAUCGGCUGGCGCGAAUCCGGGCCCCGUGUGUUAUAGGAAGGGGGGACCACUUGCUGUCACUGAUGCUAACCUGGUACUUGGCCGCUUACUACCAGAAUACUUCCCAAAAAUCUUUGGUCCCAAUGAAAACGAACCUUUAGAUAAAAAAGCGACCGUGACCGCUUUUAAGAAGAUGACGGACGAAAUCAAUACGUUCUUGAAACAAGACGGUGGCAAAGAGAUGACAAUGGAAGAAGUAGCGAUGGGCUUCUUGAAUGUAGCGAACGAAGCGAUGUGCAGACCUAUCAGAGCAUUAACAACGGCCCGCGGUCACGACGCGUCCCGUCACGCGCUGUCGUGCUUCGGCGGCGCGGGCGGGCAGCACGCGUGCGCAGUGGCGGCGCGGCUCGGGGUCAGCACUGUGCUGCUGCACAAGUACGCUGGUAUCCUGUCAGCGUACGGCAUGGCUCUGGCCCACGUGGUACACGAAGCCCAGCAGCCUUCAGCUCUGGUGUAUUGUCCCAACAACUUCGGCCAACUCGAUACGCAGUUAGACGUGUUAUCUGCUGUUUGUAGAGACAAACUAAGGGCACAGGGUUUCGCCGACUCCCAAAUAGAGGUGGAGCCGUACCUGCAUCUCCGUUACGCGGGCACCGACUGCGCGCUCAUGGUGCCGCCCGCCGCCGGGGAAUCGGCCGCUGCGUGUGCGCACGGGGACUUCUACACCGCUUUUGUAACUAGGUACAAGAACGAAUUCGGCUUCACGCUCGCCGAACGUGAUGUGAUAGUGGACGAUGUGCGAGUGAGAGGCAUCGGCAAGAGUUCUGUUCCCGCUGAAGUGGCGCCGCCUAGCGGAAAAGGAGUGAAACCUACGCCUGAGAAGUCCGUGAAAGUGUACUUCGAAGGUGGCUACCAAGACACAGCAGUGUAUUUAUUGGACAAAUUGCAGCCGGAACAGGAGGUCAACGGACCAGCGAUCAUCAUGGACAGUCUGUCCACUGUGCUGGUAGAACCAGAUUGCCGGGCGGAAAUAACGAAGUACGGCGAUAUUCGUAUAACUGUAGGUUCCGGACGGCCCAGGAAAGUUACCUCCGAACUCGACUCAAUACAGCUGAGCAUAUUCUCACAUCGAUUCAUGUCUAUAGCUGAGCAGAUGGGCAGGGUGCUCCAGCGUACUUCAAUAUCGGUAAACAUAAAGGAGCGGCUGGAUUUCUCGUGCGCACUAUUUGGUCCCGACGGCGGGCUCGUUUCAAACGCGCCGCACAUACCCGUACAUUUGGGAGCUAUGCAAGAAACUGUACAGUAUCAGAUGAAAGUGCGUGGUGAUUCUCUAAAGCCUGGCGAUGUGUUGUUGGCCAACCACCCAAAAGCAGGCGGGUCGCAUCUGCCCGACUUGACUGUCAUCACCCCUGUGUUCCACAAAUCGAACCCCCGACCCAUAUUCUUCGUGGCGUCUCGCGGGCACCACGCCGACAUCGGCGGGCUGUCGCCCGGCUCCAUGCCGCCGCACUCGGUGUCGCUGUCGCAAGAGGGCGCUGCUUUCAAAAGCAUGCUUUUGGUGGACGGCGGGAUGUUCCGGGAGGGGGAGCUUACUGAAGAGCUGAUGAAGCCAGGCAAGGAGCCAGGGUGCUCCGGCACCAGAAAUCUGGCCGACAACUUGUCUGACUUGAAGGCACAAGUGGCUGCUAAUCAGAGGGGCAUCCAACUAGUGGGCGAGCUGAUAGACCAAUACGGCUUGGAUGUAGUUCAAGCGUACAUGACGCACAUACAGAGAAACGCUGAAAUUGCAGUCAGGGAUAUGCUCAAGGAAAUAGCCAAGAACGCCUUGGUCAAGACCGGGUCGACUGUGCUGAAAGCGACCGAGUAUAUGGACAACGGCACUCCCAUACAGCUAACUGUGACCUUGGACGAAGGGAACGGGAGUGCUCUGUGUGAUUUUACCGGAACUGGUGUAGAAGUGUGGGGCAAUCUGAACGCGCCAAGGGCUAUCACUCUAUCAGCGCUCAUUUACUGCCUGCGCUGUAUGGUGGGUCACGACGUACCGCUCAAUCAGGGCUGCCUGAACCCCGUGACGGUGGUAAUUCCCCCGGGCUCGAUCCUGGACCCGUCAGAUGGCGCCGCGGUCGUCGGCGGCAACGUGCUCACUUCGCAAAGGAUAGUCGAUGUCGUGCUGAAAGCUUUUCAAGUAUGUGCAGCGUCUCAAGGGUGCAUGAACAACCUGACUCUCGGCGAAGAGAGUUGGGGGUAUUAUGAGACUGUGGCCGGCGGCAGUGGCGCGGGACCCGGUUGGCACGGCGCAGGGGGGGUCCACACACACAUGACCAACACUCGCAUCACCGACGUGGAGAUAGUGGAGAGGAGGUACCCCAUGCUGGUCACUGGGUUUCAUCUGAGGGAAGGUUCUGGCGGCGCUGGUAGAUGGCGCGGGGGUGACGGUGUCCGUCGCGAGCUGGUGUUCCGCCGCGCUGUGAAGCUGUCCGUGCUCACUGAGAGACGCUCUUUCUGUCCCUACGGCAUGAACGGCGGGGAACCCGGUGAGCGAGGUUUGAACUUGUUGCUUCGCAGUGACGGCCGCCUUAUCAACUUGGGAGGGAAGGCGUCCAUAGAGGCUUAUCCAGGGGAUAAAUAUAUAAUGAACUCGCCGAGCGGCGGCGGGUACGGUUUGCCGGACUGUACCUCGCCGGAGCGCCGGGCCGGGACAACGUACGGCCAGUUUGUGGAGCGAGGCAGCGUUUACGAGUACCGGAGUGCGCAGGAGUCGGUGUGAGAGAGUGACGUCACUUGUGAAGGCAGGCUGUGUGGCUCAUUGAAGCUUUAAAAUUUUUAUUUUACUCAUUACAAUAAAAUAAAAAUUUUAAAGCUUCAAUGAACUAUAAUAAUAUACUUGAUUCAAAGAUGAGAGCAAAUCGAACAGAAAAAUGUCCUUAUUUUUAUUCGGUCAUUUUGUAAGUAAUACAAUUCAAAACUGGAACAUAAUGCAUUGUAACGCACACAAUUUAAAUAUGAAACUCUACUCAUUGUGAAUGAGAGAGUUUUAUAUUUGAGGAUUGUGUGCUUAAUUUCAAUAUAUUAAGAACCAUUUUCGAACGGACGCACAAAUAGUUUGUUUCUAAGAAAAUAUCCUAUCGCCGUGAUGAGCCAGUUUAAGCUUCAAAUUUGAAGUAUAGAAUAUUGUUGUGUUAUAAGUAAAUUGUUAUAUAUUUCCUCAAAGAAUAUGCAUUUACAAAUAAAACUGGUUAAUUGUCAAUUACGCAGUUUAAAAAUCGAAUAUGCAUAAUCUUAAUUUUAAAAAGUACAAUGUUUCAGAUAAGAUAGUAUAAUUUUCAUCUGAAAAAAAUUGACUUUUAUGAUUCACUUCAAUAAUUUGUACGAAUUUUAAACAAUAAUCAUAUAAAAUUAUGUAAUCAAAAAGGUAUUUUUCUAUUUAUUAAGUUGUUAUUCAUUUUGAAUGUUGUGUCUUUAUCAAAUAUUUUUUGAUGUUGUAUUUUGAUUUUAAAUGUUGUAUUUUUUUUAUUAAAUGCUUUAUAUUUACUUACCCAAUGAAAAGGGAAAGAUGUGCAAUUAUAAUAAGAAAAUAAUAAACAGUGAACUGUAAAAAAAUAUUAUUAUAAGUACUAUAAUUAAAUAUUUAAGUGCUAACAAUUAUUUCAAUCAUAUUGUUUACAAAAUAUUUACAAAGUACAUAUUAUUAUACACUACCAAAGGCAAUUUUCAAUUAUUGUUAUAAAUUAAAUUUUGUUGCAUUAAA